AUGUGCUCAGUGCUUAACUCUCGCCUCCUCCACCCCUUGCAGAAUAGCCGGUGUGGGAGAGCGUCACUCCGUCCGUUACGACCGUACCGUGGAUAUGCUACCCCCUCGGGAGAGUCUGGCGUUUCUGCAGGCAAAAUCAUUGGGGCAGGUGUCCUCUUUGUGGGUGGAGGGGUAGGUGGAACCGUCCUGUAUGCCAGCUAUGAUCCGCAGUUCCGGGAGAGCGUAGAGAAGGCCGUUCCCUACUCUGAUAAACUCUUUGAGAUGGCACUUGGCCCCGCGCCUUACAGCGCCCCGACGCCAAAGAAACCGAUACAGCAAGGUCCACUGAAGAUCUCAUCUGUAGCAGAAGUAAUGAAAGAGUCUAAACAGCCCGCUACCAAAUCCCAGAUGAGCAAAACAGAAGCUGUUGCCCCUUCAGAGGAAAAAGAAGGUAAAGAACCUGAAGGUUCCCAUGCUAUAAAAGAGCGGUCACCAGAAGAAGUUGCGGCCCGGCUUGCCCAGCAAGAGAAAGAGGAGCAAGAGAAGGUAUCGGCCCUUGCAGCAACUCUAGAAGGAGCCCUGAGCGCCACAGCUCGUAUCACCCUUCAGGCGAUUACUGCCCAGGAGUCUGCUGUGCAAGCGGUGAACGCCCAUGCGCAGAUUCUGAAGGAGGCCAUGGACAAUUCUGAGGCUGCUGGGGAGAAAAAGUCCUCUCAGUGGCGCACGCUGGAGGAAGCGCUGAAGGAUCGGAGGAGAGCGGUGGAUGAAGCCGCUGAUGCCCUUCUGAAAGCCAAAGAAGAGUUAGAGAAGAUGAAAGGUGUCAUCGAGAACGCCAAGAAGUCUCAGAUGGCAGGAGCCAAACCCCACAUUAUCGCUGCAGAAGAAAAUCUUCAUCAUAUGAUAGUUGACUUGGACAAUGUCGUGAAAAAGGUUCAGGCAGCACAAUCGGAGGCCAAGAUAGUAGCUCAGUAUCAUGAGCUCGUGGCUACAGCUAGGGAAGAGUUUCAGCGAGAGCUCGACAGCAUCACCCCUGACGUACAGCCGGGCUGGAAGGGGCUCACUGGCCAGCUAUCGAUGGACGACUUGAAUUCUCUCAUUGCACACGCCCACCGUCGCAUCGACCAGUUAAACAAGGAGCUGGCGGAGCAGCGAGUGAGGGAACAGCAGCACAUCGAGUCUGCCCUGGAGAAGCAGAAACUUGAAGAUAAGAAAGCAUUUGAGGCAGCUGUGGCCAAAGCGCUGGAGCAUCACAAAAGCGAGAUUGAAAUAGAACAGGAGAAGAAGGUUGAAGAAGUCCGAGAGGUGAUGGAGAGCGAAAUGAGGACCCAGCUGCGGCGGCAGGCUGCUGCCCACACGGACCAUCUGAGAGACGUUCUUAAGAUCCAGGAGCAGGAACUGAAAGUGGAAUUUGAGCAGAACUUAUCAGAGAAACUCAGUGAACAAGAAAUGCAGUUCAGACGCCUUACUCAGGAACAGCUCGACAACUUCACGUUGGACAUAAACACUGCCUAUGCCAGGCUGAAAGGAAUCGAGCAAGCAGUCGAGAGUCACGCAGUAGCGGAAGAGGAAGCCAGGAAGGCCCAUCAGCUGUGGCUUUCUGUCGAAGCGCUCAAAUACUGCCUGAAAACAGCCUCUGGGGACAGUCCCACCGAGCCGCUGGAGAGCGCGGUGAAGGCCAUCAAAGCCAGCUGCUCCGACAACGCCUUCACAGAAGCCUUGACAGCAGCUCUCCCUCAGGAGUCCCUGACGCGGGGAGUGUACAGCGAAGAGGCCCUCCGAGCACGUUUCUACACAGUCCAAAAACUGGCCAAAAGAGUGGCUAUGAUCGACGAGACGAGAAACAGCUUGUAUCAGUACUUCCUCUCUUACCUGCAGUCGCUGCUCGUGUUUCACCCGCAGCAGCUGAAGCCACCAGCCGAGCUCAGCCCCGACGACCUCGACACGUUUAAAUUACUGUCUUACGCUUCGUACUGCAUUGAGCACGGCGACCUGGAGCUGGCGGCGAAAUUUGUCAACCAGUUAAGAGGAGAGUCGAGGAGAGUGGCGCACGACUGGCUGACCGAGGCUCGAACGACCCUAGAAACAAAACAAAUUGUGGAUAUCUUGACAGCCUACGCCAGCGCCGUGGGGUUAGGGACCACGCAAGUGCCGUGAGCGCGGGCUGUCGGCUGGGAGGCAGCUCAGCGACCGUUGGUGCCGGGAGGAAAUCCCGCCAUCCCCCAAGGGUUGCAAACCAAGCUGUGGGCAGGGGCUGGAGGCGCGAAAUCAAAGCACGGGUACCGUCUUGUUUCCUUGCACUGUGUUUAACCUCACCACCUGUUGUAUUUGUAUUGGGUUUGAGUUACCGUGACAAACAACUUCAGGAAGCUUCUCUACAAUUUGUGUUAACGAUUCUGUUUCCCCAUCUUACCAAGCGGGCUUGUGAUCCAACCAAAAUAAUGUUUGUAACCUACCAUUAAUGAUUUGCCACUUUGUCAGCUCAAUAAAACAAGACUUCAACC